AUGAAGUUCAAAGCAAUCCUCGCCGCCAUUUCCCUCUCCUCCAUGGUCGCCGCCGCCCCGGUUGGAGAGAACUCGCGCCGAGCACUCAUUCCGAAGCCCAUGGAUCUUCUUGAGACGAUGUAUCCUCACUCUGGAAUUCCCAAGCUCGCCAUGAAGGUGGAGAAGACGUUGAACCUUUGUAUGUACAGUCCGGGAAAGAUGAGACGAAAAGCAACAGCUAACUUGGGACGAACAGAGACAAUGUUAAUGGCGACAGGAAUCCCCCUGGAGCUUUUCCAAAAACACAAUUAA